AUCCGCCGGACGGAAAUUGAAGACGAACACGCUGGAGAAACUUGAAUGGCCGCUGAUGCUCGGACUUUCCAGCGGUGAUUUGUCUUCGUGGAGUUUCUCCAACAAUGGGUCGCAGCAGGUCACAUGACAGAGCAGACAGAGAGAAGAAGAAGAAGAAGAAGAAACGGACACGGUCCUCCUCUUCUUCCUCGUCGUCUCCGUCCUCUUCUUCAUCCAGCAGCAGGAGCCGGGGCAGGUCGUCAAAGAAAGAGACGCACAAGAGCAAAGAUGUGAAAACUGAAAGAAAGAAGAGAAGAAGAACCUCCUCCUCCUCUUCGUCCUCCUCAUCCUCCUCGUCUUCUUCGUCCUCGUCGAGUGACGAGAAGGCAAAGAGGAAGAAAAGUAAAUCCAAGAAAAAGAAGCUGAAGAAGAAAAAGGCAAAGCUGAAGAAACUGAAGAAAAAGGAGAAGAAGGAGAGAAAGGAGAAGCUGAAGAAAGAGAAGAAGGAGAUGGAAAAAGAAAAAGCGAAGAAGAAGACGAUGGAGGGACUGUUGUCCAUCAUUCCGGAAGAGAAACCUCCGGCUUACCUGGAGGUGUGGCAGAGUGAUGAUGGGAUGGUGGAGCCUGGACCUGUCAUGACCGAUGAGCAGAAGGCCCGGCUCUCCACCAAGAGACCCAUCACCAAGGAGGAGUAUGAGGCCAGGCAGAGUGUGAUCCGCAAGGUUGUGGACCCUGAAACAGGACUGACCAGAUUGGUGAGAGGAGAGGGAGAGAUCAUAGAGGAGAUGGUCAGCCGAGAAAAACACAAAGAACUCAACAAGCAAGCCACCAAGGGAGACGGGAAUGCCUUCCAGAGGAAAUUGGGGACCAAGAAGUAGAAGACUCAGUGGAGUCCUUCACUAACAAGAGGGUUUCCCGGACAGUUCGACGGAGGACGACGACUUUUUUAGACUAUUAAUGAAUUUUUUAUAUUUAGUAUGUAUUUUAUAACAAGCAUUAGCCUGGGAUUGAACUGUUCACAGCGGUGAAUGUUAAAAAAAUGUCAAACACGUGCUCUUGACGUUCGCUGAUUUUAAAUCCAAGUAAAAGUCUUCAUCGACUACUGAUUUGUCUUAACUGUAAGCUGAUCACAAAAGGGAUUACUUAAGAAAAACAGACGAAUAAGAUUGUUGAAUUUAAAUCUGGUUGAGUCCAUUAACUCCAUAUAAGGAGUCCUAGAGCCUGAUCGACGUUCCUCCGACAUGUCUUGAUAUGAAAGUUUGAUUUUACUGAAUAAACAAUGCAGGAAAGAUUUUGUUUACAUUUACUUUAAAAAAAUGUUUUCUUUAUUCAAGUUCUAUACAUUUAGUUGUAGUUCUGUUUUCUUCAUUAAUAGCCAUUGAUAAUAAGGUUUAUGAUUAAACUGUAAAAUAUCAAUCAUCAUUUACAUACAUCUUAGGAAUCAUUGCUAUUUAAAGAAAAUGUAUAUAUCUGCUGACGUAUCAGACUUUUUUUACUGCUGAAUAGCAGAAGAUGGCUCCAAAAAUCGAUAUCAGUCGGACUCUGGUUAUCACUGUUGCCUCACAGCUAGAAGGUUCUUGGUUCAAUUCCCGGAGUCGUUUUGUCUGGUUUUCUCCCAGUCUAUAGACAGGCAGGAUGUUGUUAGGUUUACUGUCAGUGAUAGUGAACGGUUGUUUGUCUCUGUCAGUGAUAGAGAUCGAUGGCGACAUGUCCACUGUGUACUCUGCCUCUCGCCCUGUCUGCCGGGAUCGGCCCCAGCAUUCAAAUGAUUUCUGUAUCCUAUUUCAAUCAGCUUUACAUAAUGUUUUCCUAAUGUCGAACAAGGUGAGACGAUUCUUUAAGUUAUCUGUAUCCCACAACAGUUUUGUCUCUGUAUUUCAGCUAAAUAUCUUAAACCCACUUCGCACUUUUAUAUCUCACAUUGUGUGUCUCUGAGUAAAUCUUCAUUUAUGUGAGCUGAUCCCAGAAAAAUUAAAAGUUUGACGAGUUAAAUUGAA